AAUCGGUGAAGGGAGAUGGCGCCUGUUGAAGAGCUGCUUGAGAAAUCACUGAAUGAACUGCUAGAAGCUGAACUGAAGACCUUUCAGUGGCACUUAAAGAAUCAUGAGCAUAUAUCAAAUUCUGAUAUGGAGAAUGCAGAUAGGUUAAAAACUGUGGAUAAGAUGGUGGCAUGUUUUGGACAAGAAGAAGCUGUGAAGAUCACGGUGGAGAUCCUAAGGAAGAUGAAACAGAAUAAUCUAGCUGUGCAGCUGGAGAACAGUCACAAGCAAGGUCAGGCUGAAGGCAGCAUAAAGACAUCUGCCACUGUUGGAGGUCAUUCAAAAGAGAUAUGUGGCUCAGCUGCAGAUGACAGUCAAGCUACUCCCCAUGAUUACACAGAGACCAGCCGCAGACUGAAGAACAAAUUAAAACAGGACUACGAGAAGAUAUUGGUUGGUAAUUCACAGACGGGUCAUCGAGAAUACCUGAACAAUAUUUACACCGAUUUAUAUGUUGUGGAGAAUGAGACUGGAGGAAGAGUGAACGACCAUGAGGUGAUACAGAUCGAAUCAAAUCACAACAAAUUGACUGCCAAGGAGAAGCCAAUCGAGUGUAAUGACAUGUUUAAAGUCCAGUGUGACACUGGUCAACGAAACAGAAAGGUGCUGACAGUGGGGAUCGCAGGAGUAGGAAAAACUGUCUCUGUCAAUAAAUUCAUCUUUGAUUGGGCUAAAGGAACAGAAAAUCAGGAUCUAGUCUUCAUAUUUCCACUUCCAUUUCGUAAAUUAAAUUUGAUUAAAGAAGAGUACAGUCUCAUGGGACUGCUUAAAUACUUCUUUAGUAGUCCUGAAGAAUUGCCCUCUCUUCCUGAAGGUGACAGUAAAGUUAUGUUCAUCUUUGAUGGGUUGGAUGAAUGUCGCUUACCUUUGAGCUUUAAAGAAGAUGAGAUAUUUACAAGUGUAAAUGAAAAAACAACAGUGAGUAAGAUAAUAAUAAACCUUAUCAAGAAACAUCUGGUUCCCUCUGCUCUCAUCUGGAUCACAUCCAGACCAGCAGCAGCCAGCCUGAUACCCCGUGACUACAUUGAUCAGGUGACUGAAGUGCGUGGAUUCAACAAUAAACAGAAAGAGCAAUAUUUCAUCAAAAACAGUCCUGAGGUUUCUGAAAACAUUAUCCGUCACAUCAGAAAAUUUAGGAGUCUGCACAUCAUGUGCCAUAUCCCUGUCUUCUGCUGGAUCACUCUUACUGUUCUUCAGCCUCUACUGGCUACAGAGAGCAAUGACAAAACUCCCACAACUCUCACAGAGUUGUACACAAGCUUUUUAAUUUCUCAGCAGCAACAGAUGGAAAAAAAAUACUGUGACCCUAAAUCUAAAGCCAAUGCAAGGUCUUUUGAUAAGAUUAUUCUGAAGCUUGGGAAACUGGCCUUUCAACAGCUGGAGAAAGGAAACCUAAUUUUCUACAAAGAAGAUCUUGAGGAAUGUGGACUAGAUGUCAGUGAAGGAUCUGUGUACUCUGGUUUAUGCACUCGACUGUUUCAGGAGGAAAAGGUUUCAACAAGAAAUGUGUACAGCUUCAUACAUCUCAGUGUACAGGAAUUCCUUGCUGCUCUUUAUGUUUUUUUAAUGAGCAAAGACAAGAAAACUAACCCAUUUCUUGAAUCCUGGAGAGAAAACCUGAAAUGGAAUUUCUCCAAAAAGCCACUGUUCAAACUUCAUAAGGCUGCAAUCAACAAGGCUUUACAAAGCGAGAACGGACACCUGGACCUUUUCCUCCGGUUUCUUCUGGGUCUCUCACUGGAGUCUAAUCAGAGUGACCUGAAGGAACUACUGCCAAAACUGAAACUGAAAACAGAGAAUGUUAAAGACACUGUUGACUAUGUCAAACAGACAAUAGAAACAGAGAAAUCAGUGGAAAGAACCAUCAAUCUCUUCCACUGUCUGAGUGAGCUGAAAGAUGACUUUGUGAAAGAAAUCCAGAAGAAUCUUAGCUCAGGAAAUCUUUCAACACAGAAUCUCUCUUGUGCUCAGUGGUCUGGUCUGGUGUUUGUGCUCCUCAUGUCAGAAGAGACUCAAGAGAUGUUUGAACUGCAGAAGUACAGAAGAUCUGAUGAAGCACUUAUGAGACUGCUGCCUGUGAUUAAAAACACCAGAAGAGCACUGCUACAGUGCUGUAAUCUCACUGCUCAGUCCUGUGAAAGUUUAUCUUCAGCUCUACAAUCCUCAAACUCUGUCCUGAGAGAGCUGGACCUGAGUAACAAUGACCUGCAGGAUUCUGGAGUGAAGCUUCUUUCUGAUGGACUGAAGAGUCUAAACUGUCAGCUGGAGAUAAUGAGAUUGUCUGGCUGUAUGGUGACAGAGGAAGGCUGUGGUUAUGUGUCUUCAGCUCUGAGUUCAAACCCUUCACACCUCAGAGAGCUGGAUCUGAGCUACAAUCACCCAGGAGAUUCAGGAGUCAAGCUGCUCACUGAUAAACUCAACCAUCCAAACUACAGACUGGAUAAACUCAAUGUGAAUCAUGGAGGAGAGAUCAGGAUUACAGCAGGAGUACGCAAAUAUUACCAUCAGUUCACUCUGGAUCUGAACACUGUGAAUGAACACCUCCGUCUGUCUGAGGGGAAGAGAGUGAUUACUGGCACUGGCACAGUCCAGCCGUAUCCUGAUCAUCCAGACAGAUUUGAUGAGUAUGAGCAGGUGUUGUGUAGAGAGAGUGUGAGUAAUCAACGCUGUUACUGGGAGAUUGAGUGGAGUGGAAAACUUGGAGUGGAUAUAUCAGUGUCAUAUAAGAGCAUCAGCAGGAAGGGACAGGGUAAAGAGUGUUGGUUUGGAUAUAAUGAUCAGUCCUGGAGUUUGUGCUGCUCUUCCUCCAGUUACUCAUUCAUACACAAUGACAUACGGACUGAACUCCCUGCAGAGCCCAUUAUCAGCAGUAGAAUAGGAGUGGAUGUGGAUGAUGAUGAUGAUGAUGAUGAUGAUUUAGAGCCCAUCAUCAUCUUCAGGAGAAUAGGAGUGUAUGUGGAUCACAGUGCAGGAACUCUGUCCUUCUACAGCGUCUCUGGAGAC